CCCUGGAGGGGCUAUUUGGUCCAACAGACCCCACAGGCUCAGUUGGGGCUCUGCGGCGUCAUGCCCAGGAGCCCCCGCACCGCGCCCAGCUGGGUGCUGUUGCUGCGGCUGCUGGCACUGCUGCGGCCCCCGGGGCUGGGCGAGGCGUGCAGCUGCGCCCCCGCGCACCCCCAGCAGCACGUCUGCCACUCCGCGCUUGUGAUCCGGGUCAAAGUCUCCAGUGAGAAAGUAGUUCCUGCCAGUGCAGACCCUGCUGACACUCAAAAAAUGAUCCGGUAUGAAAUCAAACAGAUAAAGAUGUUUAAAGGGUUUGAGAAAGUCAAGGAUGUUCAGUAUAUCUAUACACCUUUUGACUCUUCCCUCUGUGGUGUGAAACUAGAAGCCAACAGCCAGAAGCAGUAUCUCUUGACUGGCCAGGUCCUCAAUGAUGGAAAAGUCUUCGUCCGUCUGUGCAACUACAUUGAACCCUGGGAGGACCUGUCCUUGUUGCAGAGGGAGAGUCUGAAUCAUCACUACCAUCUGAACUGCGGAUGCCAAAUCACCACCUGCUAUACAGUGCCCUGUACCAUCUCGGCCCCCAACGAGUGCCUCUGGACAGACUGGCUGUUGGAACAGAAGCUCUACGGGAAACAGGCCCGGCAUUAUGUCUGCAUGAAGCAUGUUGAUGGCACCUGCAGCUGGUACCGGGGCCACCUGCCCCUUAGGAAGGAGUUUAUUGACAUCAUCCAGCCCUAGAAGGGACCAGUGACCACCACAACCCUUCCAGAGUCCUGAAGAUCAAGCUGGUUCUCCUUCCCUGUGUAGCUCUGGCCAUCACCACUUGCUCCAUUGCUGCCAGCCAGUGGGAAGUGCCAAGUAGGCGGUCUGGCCAGCAUCAGGGCAGGGAUGCGACAUGUUACACCUUGUGCCUAAGACCCCAGCCCAGAACCUGUCAGGGACUAGGGAAGAUAACAUGACUGUUCUGUUCUGCCCUCAGCCCUUCUCAUCUGCCUCCCAAACCCCAUUAGUCUAGCUUGUACCUGUUACUGGAAGUUUUGAUUUUGGCUUAGUUUGUUUUCCAAAGCCAGGACUAUUGCGUUUCCUUUCCAGGAAAAAGUAUUCUCCUUUGCCUUCACUGAUCUGAUUGGGGAGAAAUGGUGAAUGUUAUACAUAUGAAGUGGCGUAGCUUUGUGAUGUACAAUAUCAGAAGAUGGGUUGACAGUGUCAUAAACAAGCCGAUUGGCAGGAGUGAAAAGAA